AUGGCUAUUGAUGUGAUGAAAUCCAAGCAAUCCAACUGGGGUCCCCACUUUCCGCUAGGAGAAGGACAAUUCGUUCAAGAGGCAGUUGCGUGUAUCUAUCUAUAUAUAUCAAAUUUAAAAGGUGGCCUUGGCCAUCAAGAGUUUUAUCUUGUUAUCUCUUUUGGUAAAGACACGAUGACAUUAAUGUUGUCAAACAAUUUGGGUUUCUUCCCAGGUGACCUUGUUGCUCCGCCAAAAGGACAGGUCCAACAUGCUUAA